CCCAAUUCCAUCACCCAUAUCUAUAUUUACUUCGUCACGUUAUAGUAAGGUAAAGUAUGGCUGAUACCACAUCACCUACUGUCUAUGUGAAAGCGCCCAAAACGGCGACCAAGACAAGGCGAAGUACCCUAAGGACCCGCACAGGCUGCAUGACGUGUCGAAAAAGAAGAAUUAGAUGCGAUGAGACACGGCCUGCAUGCCUCAAAUGUGUAGCAGCUAGGUGGGAAUGUGAUGGAUAUCCCACCACAGCUCCCCCUCAACCACUUUUACACAUCACGAGCUAUGCAAUCCCUUUCCAGGUGGUUGGAUCGCAGAAGGAUCGGCAAAUGCUGCACUACUUUUGUGUUCAAGGGUCCCAUGAUAUUGCUGGCUUCGUGGGCGCUGACUUUUGGACUAAGACAGUGCUUCGCGAGAGCCGAGAUAAUCGUAUCAUCCGCGCCGCCCUCGUUGCAUUAAGCUCACUUCAGUUGGAGUAUACCACUACUUCACCAACGUCGGGCUAUGCGACCAGGGCACGGGCAUAUGCAGCUACACCAGAAACUAUCAUACAGUAUGAGAGAGCUGUUCGCCUACUUCGAAAACGGCUCACAUCUCCCGCCUCCAAUACUAGUAUGGUAAAGACUGCUAUUAUAUGCAGUGUUUUGUUUUGCGCGUUUGAGACUGCACUUGGGCAAUCACAUACCGCCGCACUGCACAUAAAUAACGGUCUACAAAUGGCCGCCUCUUAUCGCGACAGUCUAACAGUCUCCAGCAUCCAUUCUGACGAUGACUUGCUUAAUCUGGUUAUGAUUCUUGUAACGGGCUAGGCCCGUGGAGGUCUCGGGUAGCCCUCGACCAUCUAGGCAAGGGACCCAUGUAAGUCAUAUAAAAGGCUAUUCCAGCUAGCUGGAAUAGCCCCUUUUCGAUCCCUUCUUCUUCAUCUUCGGAUACUCGU